UUUGAGAGAGACAGAAAGUUCGAGAGAGAAGGGAAAGAAACAGUGGGGGGGAAAGUGAGAAAAGGAGAGCGAAAGCACGAAAGAGAGAGGCUGAGAGAGAGAGACAGAGAGAAAGUGAGAGAAACAGAGGAGAAACAGUUUGAGAAAAAGGGAGGGCAGGAUCGUUAGAUUCUCUCAGCCUCUCUUCUCAUCCCAACUGUGGAUCGUUAGAUUCUCAUGAUUACCCGCCAACUUCAUUUCAAAAUCCUCAGCUUAGUAUUACCCAAGCAACGGUCAAAUCGCCUAAUAAACUUUGGCUCACUCAAUCAUGGAUACCACCUGUUCGGCCAAAUUUCCCACCCAAACGCUGCCUUCACUAACCGUUCCAUGCUCGACUGUUUGCGUAGAAACCUUCCCUUUCAAGCACUUGACGUCUUCAAGGAGCAGCUUCAAUUGGGUUUUGUCGACAAUGUUGAUAAAGUUACUGUGGCGCUCGCGCUCAAGGCUUGUUGUGGAGACCAAAAACCCGGGUGCCAAAUCCACGGGUUCGCUGUUUCCUCUGGUUUUGUUUCGUACAUUACGGUUUCGAAUUCUUUGAUGAAUAUGUAUUGUAAAUCUGGAGAGUUUGAAAAGGCUUCAUGUAUCUUUGAGAACCUUACUGAUCCGGAUAUUGUUUCUUGGAAUACCGUGCUUUCGGGAUUCCAAAAGAGUGAGGACGCAUUGAGUUUUGUUCUUCGGAUGAAUUUGAACGGGAUUGUUUUUGAUCCUGUGACUUAUACUACAGGUCUUGCAUUUUGUUCAGACGAUGAAGGUUUUCUCUUCGGAUUGCAAUUGCAUUCUCUUGCAAUGAAAUUUGGAUUCUAUUAUGAAGUUUUUGUUGGGAAUGCACUUAUAUCGAUGUAUUCAAGAUGCAAACGAUUAGUGGAAGCUAGGAGAGUGUUUGAUGAAAUGCCAAAUCGGGAUUUGGUCUCGUGGAAUGCAAUGCUAUCAGGGUACACUCAGGAGGGAGAUCACGGGUUUGAGGCAAUUUUGGCAUUCAUUGAAAUGGUGAGAGAAGGCAUGAAACUUGAUCAUGUCUCAUUUACUAGUGCAGUUUCGGCCUGUGGUCACGAAAGAACAUUAGAGCUUGGGAGACAGAUUCAUGGUUUAAUUAUAAAAACAGCAUAUGGGAAACAUGUUUCGGUCUGUAAUGUUCUGAUCUCGAUGUAUUCAAAGUGUGAGAUUGUUGAAGAUGCCAAAUUGGUCUUUCAUAUCAUGAAUGAUCGCAAUGUAGUCUCUUGGACUACGAUGAUUUCUGUAAAUGAAGAAGAUGCUGUGUCUCUUUUUAACGAGAUGAGAUUGGAUGGUAUAUACCCAAAUGAGGUUACAUUUGUCGGACUAAUCCAUGCCAUAUCAAUCAGGAAUUUGGGAGAAGAAGGUCAAAUGAUUCAUGGGUUUUGUAUGAAGACUAACUUUUUGUCUGACCCAAAUGUUUGCAAUAGCUUCAUUACCAUGUAUGCUAAGUUUGAGACCAUGCAAGACUCACUGAAGAUCUUUGAGGAGCUUAACUGCAGAGAAAUCAUAUCUUGGAAUGCUUUAAUUUCUGGGUAUGCUCAGAAUGGGAUGUCUCAAGAAGCUCUGUACACGUUCCUUUCAGCAAUCACAGAGUCCAAGCCAAACCAAUAUACCUUUGGUAGUGUCUUGAGUGCAAUUGGGGCUGCUGAGGAUAUUUCUUUAAAACAUGGCCAGCGAUGCCACUCCUAUUUAAUAAAAUCUGGACUUUGCACUGAUCCAAUUGUGUCAGGUGCUCUCCUUGACAUGUAUGGAAAGCGUGGGAGCAUUUGGGAGUCUCAAAAAGUUUUCAGUGAGACGCCCCAAAAAACUCAAUUUUCAUGGACAGCAAUAAUUUCUGCCUAUGCUAGGCAUGGAGACUAUGAAUCAGUGUUAAAAUUAUUCAAGGAGAUGGAGAGGGAAGGGUCAAGACCUGACUCAAUCACUUUCCUUUCUGUUCUAACCGCAUGCAGUAGAAAGGGGAUGGUUGAUAUGGGCCGUCAGCUAUUCGAGUCUAUGGUUAAAGAAUAUCAAAUUGAACUGUCCUCAGAGCAUUAUUCUUGUAUGGUGGAUAUGUUGGGCCGUGCAGGACGGUUGGAGGAGGCAGAGGACUUGGUGGGUCGGAUUCCAGGACAGCCAGGAUUGUCUGUGUUUCAAAGCUUGCUUGGGGCUUGUAGGAUACAUGGGAAUGUCGAGAUGGGUGAGAGGAUUGCUGAUGCUUUGAUGGAGAUGGAGCCAAUGGGGUCAGGUUCAUAUGUGUUGAUGUCCAACUUAUAUGCUGAGAAGGGGCAAUGGGAAAAGGUAGCAAAAAUUAGGAAAGGGAUGAGAGAAAGAGGGGUGAAGAAGGAAAUAGGGUUUAGUUGGGUGGAUAGUACUAGUGAUGCUGGUGGUUCCUUGUACUUGCAUGGCUUCUCAUCAGGUGACAUGUCCCACCCACAAGCUGAGGGGAUAUGUAGGAUGGCAGAAUGCCUAGGAUUAGAAAUGAAAUUUUUGAGAGAGCGAGCGAGAGGGAGGGAAAGAGACCAUCUGCAAGAUAACCUCGUAGAAGAAGGGCACCACAAGGUGCCCUUCAAUAUUGAGGGCUAA